AUGUCCUUCGUGGUUCAGUUGUUUUUGGCCAGCCUAGGGAAGUUCCACACUGAGGCUGACAAGAACUAUUGGAAGGUGAUUGCAGAGCUCCUCCCUAAUGAAGUUCCCGCCAUAGAAAAUAAGAGAGGAAAGAAGGAUCAAGAGAAGAAGCCCCCUAAACCAGGAAAACCAACCGAAAUUUCAAGGUUGCAACAGAUUCUCUUGAAGCACAGUGCUCCGUCCCACUUGAAGCUUUGGCCGCCAUCGGCACCCAACACAGAUGGCCCUGAAGUCAGUGAUGCCGCAGUGGCUGAUGCUUCAGAGGAGGCGGCAACUGCUUUGGUGGUGGCCCUUGAAGCUGUUGUCGCUGCUUGA